CCCUGACAACCCCUGCGCAAAGUAUGCCCAUCCUCCAUGUCCCAGGCCGACCCCGCGGCUUGCGAGCUUAACGGCGGGCAUCAUGGAGAUGGUCAGUGGGUGGAAGUUAAUACGUGGUCACGACUUGCAUAGUCGGCUGUUGUUGGCCGUCUGAUAUCUAGGUAGGGAGGAAACCUUUUUUGAUGUGCUCGCCCUCUGUCACAUGGACCGCAGUUUACUAUUUAGCUCUUGGGAAUCCCGCGGUUGAGAUUGACGUUGUGACGGGGCCAAGAAUUACAUGACAAUCCUUAGUCUCUAUCAUCCACCACAAAAUGGCUAUUCAGAAGCAGCAGAACGGAACCAGCUCCCCGAGCUUGUCAGAUUUGCUCGAGUUCGUGAGGCUCAACUCCCCGUACUAUGCCAAGUCAUGGAAGGCCUGCUGGGCCGAAAAAGACCAACCCGUCGUCUCCUUGAGGGAUCUGCCUGUUGUUGACCACGAGUCGUUUUGGGAAGCAAACACUUGCCUCAACAGCAAAGUGAUAACCUCGAAACAGAAGGACGGCAUCGUGUUCAAGACGGGCGGAACAACCGCCCACCCCAAGGUGUCGUUCUACAGCCAGAAGGAAUUCCACAGCAUCUCUGUCCAACUUGCCGAGUCUUUAGCCCGCUGCGGGGUUGGCGAGGGAGACAUGGUCGCCAACCUCUUCUACGCGGGCGACCUCUACGGGAGCUUCUUGCUGCACAUCCUCUCCGUCUACCACCUCCCGAGCGGCGCCAUCCAGCUCCCCGUGGCCGGGCAUGUGAGUGUCGAGUCGAUGGAGAGGCAGAUCGUCGAGUUCGAGGCCACGGUCAUCCUCGGCACGGUCACGACCAUGUCGCAGAUAUCCGAGCGCAUCCUCGGCGCCGGGAAGACGCACCCGUACGUGCGCCUGCUGCUGUUCUCCGGGGAGGCCUUCUACGACGACCAGGCCGGUCUGCUCAAGGCCGCCUUCCCGAACGCGACCAUCAGGUCCCUGGUGUACGGGUCGAUGGACAGCGGGGUCAUCGGCCUGCCGCCGGCCGCAGAACACUACACCGGCGACCCCCGGCUGCACCAGGUCAACGACCCCAACAUCAUCGUGGAGAUCAUCAACGAGGAUGGCGAGGUCACGAACGUGCCGGGCGAGGAGGGCAGCCUGGUCGUGACCAACGUCGAGCGCCGGCUGAUGCCCAUCGUCCGUUACCCCUCCGGCGACCGGGCCGCCUGGGUCGACCCGUCCCUGGGCCUCUUCCGAGUCCUCGACAGGGACCGCACGGCCAUCCGUCUCGGGCCCGUCUCGAUCGACUUCGUGCACCUCAGGAAGGUCGUGUCGACGGUCCUCGGCGACCGGCCCGUGGGCAGGCUGCAGGCCGUCGUCACGAGGGAGGACAGGAAGGACCUCCUGACGGUGAACAUCGCCUAUACGCCGGCCGCCGAGGAGGAGGCCCGGCUGCAGGCGGAGCUGAAGGAGGAGCUGGGCACGGUGCGGCCGAUGUUCAGGGAGCACGUCGAGAAGAACCUCAUCAACCCGCUGCAGGUCAGGUUCCUGAGUAUGCAGGAGCUGGCCGUCAACCCGAGGACCGGCAAGAUUGUCGAGGUGCUGGAUCUCAGGUCGACGACGGUGUAACCUUGGCUUUGCCGGUACCUUAAGGUUUGGGCCCUUGUCUCCUCUGGAUAGCCACGCAAAAUCUCUCAGUGAUGGUAACUCCCCAUGUAGAGUAGCAUGUAGCGUGAUCAGCAUCCUCUAUCGUCUCAGGCAGCGUGAGUCAUGUCGUGCUGGCGGGCCCUGUCAACCGAACAGCGUGUGAUCUCUGUCAUCUGUAAAAUAAAAUAAAAAUAAAUAAAGAAUAAAAAAACAAGCUUUCUUUCCUAAAUUAAUUACGCUCCGGCAAUCGUCCUCCAUUGGGACCACUCGAUCGGAAUUCUCGGACUUUGUCAUCACCCCCGCGAGUUGUCUUGCGGGGCUACCAGUUAGGAAGUUUGCCCCUCUUGUCUCUCUCUCUCUCUGCAGAUGUCUUUGCUAGCACAGACAGCACGGAAAACGAAACCCGCGAUAUGAGCCGAAGGGAGAGUUUCUUGACUCGCGUGAACGCCGCCUACCACCUUGCGAACACGCCGCAUGGAACACACAGCAUCUGAUACAAGGCUUCACAUGGGAUGCUCCUGCAACGACGAAGUUUACACCGUGGCACCUCCUGUGCUGCUGUCAGGCUUCUCCGCGCUUCAGGCGUCUCCGAGGUAUUCACCAGAAAGUGUAACCAAGACGUUCUAAGAACGGUCUGACCCUAGCGAACAAAAACUCGUAGCCAUCCAGCAACCCCUCCCUCUCUCAUAACGGAUCUCCCUUAUCCAGAAGAAACCCCCACACGAUUGCGCCUCAGAGAAGACAACUCGAGAUGUCUCAGAGUCGCAACGUAUCCGAUACCUCCGCCAAGAUUCCGCCGCCGGUCCACCCUGGCACC